AAAUGGCCAAACGUCAACAGCCUCUGUGGCAACCACCAACUGCCGGUGAAUCUCCCAAAUUACGUUUAUACAAUAGUUUGACAAGGCAAAAGGAGGAAUUUGUGCCCCUGGAUGGCAACAAUGUUACCUGGUAUAGCUGUGGCCCCACUGUCUAUGAUGCCUCCCACAUGGGGCAUGCACGUUCCUACAUCUCAUUUGAUAUCUUGAGACGUGUCUUGUCCGAUUACUUUGGCUACAACAUUCAUUAUGUUAUGAACAUCACCGACAUUGAUGAUAAGAUAAUAAAACGGGCAAGGCAAAAUCACUUGUAUGAGGUGUAUGCCAAAAAAGCCACGACAUCUCCGCUGGAGCAACUGCUGGCAGAUCAAAGUGUGGUUUUGGAACAAUUCAAAAAUACUUGUGCCAAAAAUACCGAUCCCGAUAAAAAGAUUAUGUUGGAUAAACAAUAUGAACGCUUGAAUAAUGCUGUGGAGUUGUUGGCCAAGGCUGUGGCUUCGGGUAACCAGGAAGAAAUUACCAAGGCUCGUGAUUUUUAUCUCGCCGAGGCCAAGGAUCCCAUUUCGGAUUGGUUGGACAAAAAUGAAGGUUCCACAAUAAAUGAUAAUGCCAUUUUUGAAUCACUGCCACGUUACUGGGAGGAUCAGUUCCACAAGGAUAUGCAGGCAUUGAAUAUCCUUCCUCCAGAUGUCCUCACCCGCGUCUCCGAAUAUGUACCCCAAAUCAUUGCCUUUAUACAACGCAUCAUUGACAAUGGUCUGGCCUAUGCUGCCAAUGGAUCGGUAUAUUUCAGUGUCAAUGCCUUUGAUGCCAAGGAAAAGCAUUUCUAUGCCAAAUUGGUGCCCGAGGCCUAUGGUGACACAAAGUCCCUGCAAGAGGGUGAAGGUGAUCUGUCAUUGGGCGAAGAACGUCUCACCGAAAAAAGAUCACCCAAUGAUUUUGCCUUGUGGAAAGCGAGUAAGGCUGGUGAACCCUGGUGGGAUAGUCCAUGGGGUAAAGGACGUCCCGGUUGGCAUAUUGAAUGUUCCGCCAUGGCUUCAGAUAUAUUCGGGCCACAAUUUGACAUACAUACAGGUGGUGUGGAUCUUAAAUUCCCUCAUCAUGACAAUGAAUUGGCACAAUCUGAGGCUGCCUUUGAUGAGGCAGAAUGGGUGAAAUAUUUCCUGCAUACAGGACAUCUGACAAUUGCGGGAUGUAAAAUGUCAAAGUCGUUGAAAAACUUUAUUACAAUCCAACAGGCUUUGCAAAAGCACACGGCAUGUCAAUUGCGUUUGGCAUUUUUAUUGCAUUCGUGGAAGGAUACUUUGGACUACUCGGAUAAUACCAUGGAUAUGGCAAUACAAUAUGAAAAGUUCUUGAAUGAAUUCUUCCUUAAUGUUAAAGACUUGACCCGCCAUGUGACUUCCAGUGAACCACGUAAACAAUUUGAUGCCUGGUCGGAAGUUGAAGCUGGUCUUCAAAAGAAAUUCAAUGAAGUAAGGAGUGCGGUACACAAUGCCUUGUGUGAUAACGUUGAUACCCGUAGUGCCUUGGAUGCUGUCCGAGAUUUGGUAACAGCUGCCAAUAUCUACAUUCGCGACAACAAAAAUCGUUUAAAUUCAUUAUUGCUACGUAAAAUUGCCACCUACAUUACGGACCUGUUGCGCAUCUUCGGUGCAAUUAAUCAAAAAACUUCACUGGGCUUCCCUGUAGGCGGUGGCUCAACAGAGGGUGCAGGUGCCGAUUUGGAAUCCACCAUAUUACCCUAUGUUGAAGCAACUGCUGAAUUUAGAAAUCAAAUUCGUGAAUUAGCCAAACAACUGAAGGCCACUGAUAUUUUAAAAUUAUGUGAUGAACUGCGGGAUGAUGUUCUACCCAAUUUGGGUGUACGUUUGGAAGAUAAGGAAGGUGGUAAAUAUGCUGUUAAAUUGGUAGACAAGGAGACUCUACUGAAAGAGCGGGAAAUGAAGAAAUUAGCAGAAGCAGAACGCCAAGCGGAAAAGGAACGUAAGAAGCAGGCAGCAGCUGACGCGGCUGCGGCCAAGGAGGCACAAAAGAAAAUCAAUCCCAAGGAAAUGUUUUUAAAAGAAACCGACAAGUAUUCGAAAUUUGAUGAAAAUGGCCUUCCCACUCACGACAAAGAAGGCAAGGAAGUAAGCAAAGGUCAAUUGAAGAAAUUGCAAAAACUCCAGGCUCAACAAGAAACACGCUACAAGGAAUAUUUGGCCUCAGUAAAUAGUGCUUAA